ACAGCGCAUGGACGAAAGAGGUGCACCCAUCGUUCCGUUACAGUGCUAGUACCGUUGCGUUGGGCCAGUUUAAUGUUGUAAUAAGGCAAAAAUUAUGAAAAAGCCGAAAGUCAACACUCUCUCCAACAAAUUAUACAAGGGAACAGUGACAGCUCUUGUCGGUGUUACUGCGCUGACUGGUGCGUAUCUCGCUUAUUUAACCUUCAGUUUUGUGAAGAACACCGACCUCCAAAGGAAACAGCGGGAGCUGGCCGUGCAAGACCAGCUUCUAGUUGACGGAGCGAAAGAAUUGAGCAACUGAAAUAGUAGUUCUGCAGUACGAUGCAGUCGCUGCUUGGAGCCUUCGUCCGGGCUGCCGGGAGGCCCGUCGUGCGAUCGCUGCAGACUUCGUCAAUUACUCGACAGAAAUGGAAGAUCCUGAAACUGAACCACGUUGCAAUGGCUACCCUCCAACUUGAAAAGGUCGCCAGUUUCUACCGCGACACCCUAGGACUUCAGGUGAGCGAGCCGGUGCCCCAGAAUGAGCACGGCGUGACUACGGUGUUCGUCGACGUGGGCAACACGAAAUUCGAACUGCUGCUGCCCCUGGGUGACAAGAGCCCCAUCGCCAACUUCCUGGACAAGAACAAGGGAGGCGGCGCACACCACGUUUGCCUGGAAGUCGACGACAUCGAGGCAGCCGUGGCCGACCUGAAACGGAAGGGUAUCCGCAUGCUGGCCGACAAGACGCGCAUCGGAGCGCAUGGAAAACCGGUCAUGUUUCUGCACCCAAAGGAUUGCGGGGGCGUUCUCGUCGAGCUGGAGCAGGCAUAGAUUCACUGCUCUUGGUCGAGUUUCAUUCAUUAAAGCAUUUCGCCCCGUUGUAGCCCUCCAGCUACAAGUACCCAAUUUCUGGUAUACGCAUCAUCGACACAAACGAGAGAACUGAACGUUCCAGUCGUCCUAAGACGCUGCAACUCGAGUAGCUUGCUCAGCGCAUUUGUUGCCAUAGCUAGUUCACCUAUGCAGUGCAAGAUACUUCCAUUGUGCACUAAGAUGCUUUUUUCUUUAGUGCAUUGAAUUACUUUCCCUGCUGGUAUAGCAUGUCUGAGAAUGCUGCCAGCACAUAUGUAGACAUGAAGAAAGGAAUUGUACAAUAAAGUCUUUGGGAAGACGACAAGAGAAAAUGCUCAGCUAUGUAGUCACACAAAUGGGCACUUUUUGAAUGUUCUUAAGGUACUGCACAAGUAUUGGAAAAA